AUGGCCUCUUUGGAAGACCUUGAAGAUCUUGAGCAGGAAAGACAAGAGAAGAGAGAUAAGAAAGAUGCCGCCGAUGCAGAUGGCGAUGCAAAGAUGGAUGUCGAUGGAGAGAAGGAGGAGGAUGAGUACCAGCGGAUUACACAUGAGAAGGCGAGUAUGAAGGAUAGGAUAAAGGAUAACUUGGAUAAAAUUGAGAAUAAUAGACAGCUUCCCUAUCUCGUCGGAAAUGUUGUCGAGCUUCUAGACAUGGACCCGACUGCCGAGGCCGCCGAAGAUGGUGCUAAUGUUGACCUUGAUGCGACUCGUGCCGGUAAAUCCGCAGUUAUCAAAACUUCCACACGGCAGACAAUUUUCUUGCCCCUCAUCGGUCUUGUUGACCCGGAUAAGCUAUCUCCUGGUGAUCUUAUCGGUGUUAACAAGGACAGUUAUCUCGUUCUUGAUACCCUACCUGCCGAGUACGAUUCGCGAGUUAAGGCCAUGGAAGUUGAUGAGAAGCCCACAGAAACAUAUGGUGAUAUUGGUGGUCUGGAUAAACAGAUUGAGGAGCUUGUAGAAGCUGUAGUAAUGCCAAUGAAGGAGGCAGAAAGGUUUAAGAAGAUCGGCAUUAAGCCCCCGAAGGGAGCUUUGAUGUAUGGCCCUCCUGGAACUGGAAAAACUCUGCUUGCUCGUGCUUGCGCUGCUCAGAGUAACGCUACCUUCUUGAAGAUUGCCGGUCCCCAGCUUGUUCAGAUGUUCAUUGGUGAUGGUGCAAAGCUCGUUCGUGAUGCCUUUGCGCUAGCAAAGGAAAAGGCACCGGCCAUUAUCUUCAUCGAUGAGUUAGAUGCUGUUGGUACCAAGCGUUUCGACUCCGAGAAAUCUGGAGAUCGUGAGGUCCUUGCAGCGACAAACAGAGUGGAUGUGCUCGACCCUGCAUUGUUGCGAUCCGGGCGCCUGGACAGGAAGAUUGAGUUCCCGCUGCCAAAUGAAGAAGCUAGAGCCGGUAUCCUCCGUAUUCACAGUAGAAAGAUGACUGUUGAGGAUGGUGUAAACUGGAUGGAGCUGGCUAGGUCUACAGAUGAGUUUGGUGGUGCUCAACUGAAGGCUGUUUGUGUAGAGGCUGGUAUGAUUGCGUUAAGAGGUGGGAGGACAAAAGUAAGCCACGAGCACUACGUGGAUGCUAUCGGUGAAGUACAGGCGAAGAAGAAGGAUACGGUUAACUUUUACGCGUAA